ACAAGAUUCGCAAUUUGCACAGCUGCUUUAGCUGUGCCCACAGGCCAGGCGGACCUUUCGCGAUACCCUGCUUCCGUCGCGGACGUCAUCGGUCUUGUUUUGGGCGGUCCGGAGACUGCGAACUCAACGGGCUAAACUACUAAGAGAGCGUCGUUUCCCCACACACCCUGCUGGGCGCCACCUACGGCUUUUGCUGCCUCUUCCUCUCCAACAUCGGUUGUACCUCGUCCCUCCAUCUCGCGUUUGCUUCUUGCUCCUGUCAUUGUUCACUUAGCCUUGCCUGCCACUGCCGUUACCACUUCAUCACCCGCAUUCCCGCUCUUUCUCUCACUCCCCAUCGCCCAGAUUUCCAGAGAAAACUUCCGAGGCUUCCCCCCCCCUCCCUGAGUGCGGUGUACCGUCAUCCUUGCUCCAAAAAUGGCGGAAUUCGUGCGUGCCCAGAUCUUCGGCACAACCUUCGAGAUCACAAGCAGGUACACAGACCUACAGCCCGUAGGAAUGGGCGCCUUUGGUCUUGUCUGCUCUGCGAGGGAUCAAUUGACAGGACAACCGGUCGCCGUUAAGAAGAUUAUGAAACCAUUCAGCACACCAGUUCUGUCCAAGAGAACGUACCGCGAGUUGAAACUGUUGAAGCACCUGCGACACGAGAAUAUUAUCAGUCUGAGUGAUAUCUUCAUCUCUCCGCUCGAAGACAUCUAUUUUGUUACAGAACUCUUGGGAACCGACCUGCACAGACUUCUUACCUCCCGACCCCUGGAAAAACAGUUCAUUCAGUACUUCCUAUAUCAGAUCCUGCGGGGAUUGAAAUAUGUCCACUCGGCGGGUGUCGUCCAUCGUGAUCUUAAACCUAGCAACAUCCUUAUCAACGAAAACUGCGACCUGAAAAUUUGCGACUUCGGCCUUGCGCGUAUCCAGGACCCCCAGAUGACAGGCUAUGUGUCGACCCGGUAUUAUCGUGCCCCGGAGAUCAUGCUCACAUGGCAGAAAUACGACGUGGAAGUGGAUAUCUGGAGUGCUGCCUGCAUCUUUGCGGAAAUGCUGGAGGGAAAACCUCUGUUCCCUGGAAAGGACCAUGUCAACCAGUUUUCCAUCAUCACAGAGCUUCUUGGAACCCCGCCGGACGAUGUUAUCCAGACUAUUUGCAGUGAAAACACUCUGCGAUUCGUUAAGUCGCUACCCAAACGCGAGCGGCAACCUUUGGCUAGCAAGUUCAAGAACGCCGACCCAGACGCUGUUGAUCUUCUUGAACGAAUGCUAGUCUUUGAUCCGAAGAAGAGAAUUCGUGCCGGUGAAGCGCUUGCCCAUGAAUAUCUCGCACCCUACCAUGAUCCUACGGACGAGCCUGUGGCGGAGGAAAAGUUCGAUUGGUCUUUCAAUGACGCCGAUCUGCCAGUCGAUACCUGGAAGAUCAUGAUGUACUCGGAAAUCCUGGACUUCCACAACAUUGACCACCCCAAUGAUGCUGGUCAAGUGCUUGUCGAAGGAGCCGCCGAUGGACAACAGGCCUUCGCAUGAGGACGUUCGAGCGUAUAAUGCCAUGGAUCAGGCGCAGGCAGCGAUGCGAUAUGAUUAUGAUGUCGUCAAUUCCUUCGAUUUUUCUUGGUAUGUAGACUGGGAGCGGGGACUGUGAUCUGUUUUUGCCUUGAACGGUCUACUUGUGUUCUCUUUCCCCAAGCUUUCCUUUCCUUUUCGUCAAUCUUACUUCCAGACGUCUAUACACGACUCGCGUUUGGAUAUUUCAACUGCGUUGAGAGUCGGACGAUCUGGCGAUUGAACCCGUCUGUAACACGACUAAAUUUUGUCUCCCAAUUCUGCUAUAUAUACACUUCCCACUUGGUCCACGAUUGAUGAGCUUGCGUGUCUUAAAUUCCCUUUGGUUAACUUGUGUGAGAGAGAGGAAUCUGGUUGAUUCCCGUAUGUGCGCGAUAGAUAUUGCUUUGGAAAAAAACAAUCGAUUUUUCAA